CCCCUCAGGUUGAGGUGGUCAAGAUGGCGGCCGGGGCGCUGCUGCUGCUGCGGCGGGGGAGCGGCGGCCGCCUCCGCCUCAGCGCCUUCUCAGCCCAAGGGGGCCGUUCCCGCCUUUUUUUCCUCAGGGGCCUUGUGUCGUCAAACAGCCGAUCCGCAGAAGACAGCUGGUUAAAAUCGCUUUUUGUCCGCAAAGUUGAUCCCAGGAAAGAUGCUCACUCCAACCUCUUAGCCAAACGGGAGACCAGCAGUCUUUAUAAAAUACAGUUUCACAAUGUCAAACCAGAAUGCCUAGAAUCCUACAACAAGCUUUGUCAAGAGGUGCUGCCAAAGAUCCACGAAGGGAAGGAAUAUCCAUGUACACUGGUGGGGACGUGGAACACGUGGUACGGAGAGCAAGAUCAGGCUGUUCAUCUGUGGCGGUAUGAGGGAGGCUACCCAGCUCUUACAGAGGUCAUGAGUAAGCUUCGACAUGAUAAGGGGUUUGUGGAGUUUCGCAGAGAGAGGGGAAACAUGCUUCUCUCCCGCAAGAAUCAGCUGCUGUUGGAGUUCAGUUUUUGGAAUGAGCCUGUUCCGAGGACAGGGCCUAAUAUCUAUGAACUGAGGUCUUAUCAACUCCGUCCUGGAACAAUGAUUGAAUGGGGCAACUACUGGGCUCGUGCCAUUGGUUUCCGGCAGGAUGACAAAGAAGCUGUUGGUGGCUUUUUCUCACAGAUUGGGCAGCUUUACAUGGUUCAUCACCUUUGGGCGUACAAAGAUCUCCAGACAAGAGAAGAUAUCAGGAACGCCGCAUGGCACAAGCCUGGUUGGGAUGAGCUGGUAUACUAUACAGUGCCCCUUAUUCAGGAAAUGGAAUCCAGAAUUAUGAUACCAUUGCAGAUUUCUCCCCUUCAGUAAAGCCACUGAUUGAUCGGUGCAGAUUUACAUUGACAAGCAUUUGUCUUUUAGUUAAUUUGAUAUGUGUGUAUGACAAUGGAAACUCUGUCUUCUAAAAGUACUGUAUGCUGGGGCUUUAUGAAUGUGACCUCAUUUCUUCAGAUCCUGCAGGAGCACUUGGGAUUGUGUUGGGGAGAGGCUUGGGAGUCAUCAUAAGUCUUACUGUUCAACCAUCUAGUCUGGCUCUCUGUGAAACAGCCUUUUUCAAACACAGCCAUGCAUUCAGAGAGCUGGCAGGCCCUGUUGGAAACGCACAAGCUUCAGUGGUAGUUGCACGAGCUUUAAACCCUUGAACGAUGCAGUAUUUAAUUAUGGGGAGAUUUGUCACAUGCACUCCUAUCCAUUCUUUCAUAAUCAUUAUGGCAUGUCAAGCUCACAAGGCCUUCCUCUGGUGCCACAAACAGUUGCUAGAGAAAGCAGCCCUUUGUUUUGGCCUAGCCAAACUUAUCUUAGCAAUCAGCUAAGCCAGUAUUUGCAAACUUGCAGCUGUUUUGGACUACAGAUCCCAUCAGCCCCAGUAAACACAUGCUGGCUGAGGCUGAUGGCAGUUGUAGUCCAGAACAGCUGGGAGGGCAUCUGGUUGGUGAAGGGUUAUAAAUGGCGUUGGGAUGAGCUCUAAAGAAGAGUUAGUGUCAUUAACAUUUGUUAAGCACUCCAGGAUUAUGCAGUGAAACAGAAUGUGAGGAUUUUAUUGUUGUUAUUUAAUAAGCAUUCAUGAUUUCCUCCAUUUGUGUGGUUUAACUAACAUAACUGCAGAAAGUAAUUCUGAAAAGAUGCAUCAAGAUGAGGCACAUUAAAUCACUUAGGACUGGCACAAAUCACUUCAUUUCCCAUGCCCAAUUCUCUAUUUUUUAUUAAACUUUAAAAUAGAGGGAUUUGUGUGUGUGUGUGUGUCUGUAACAUUGUGAACAUCCUGUAUGUUGAAGCAAUUAUUCUGUUAGUUAACAAAUCAGUGCAAUACACUGUAUGUCCGAUUACCUAAGAAACAUCCACUUUAUACAUUUCAGUGAGUUUUCUGGCAGAAUGUGUCAAUAAAAUCCUAUUGAUUUUCGCA